GAAAAUCUUAACCUUACUUAACCUCACUGUAUUAUUCUAUCUUCUAAAUAAAUAAAUCCUGAUAUCGCGAAAUAUUUAAUAUUAUUUAUAAUGGAAUACUAUAUUGUUAUCUCAAAAUGUUAACCUAAAACAUUCAUAUUUAAUAAAUAUGUCCUACAUAAAGGUGCUUCAUUGCACCUUAUGUUUACGACAUGGAAAAUUAGGCCUUUCCACAAAAUCAGUGGUGCUGAAAAUUGGAAAUGGCACUCUAGCACAGCAAAUUGCUAGAAUAUCAACAUCACAUAAUUGGAAGAGUCAGUUACCUCUUACUACACAAUCACAGACAUUAACCCCCUCAAAGAAAACAAAAAAUGUGAUUAAAGAUGCUAGGGUUUGGAAAGAAACUCCCUCUCUUGACAAGUACAAUAAAUUUGGACAAUAUUGUAUGAUGCUGUCUAAAUUUCGACUAACAUCUUUAGUAGUUAUGACGUCGAUGGCGGGUUAUGCCCUUGCACCGGCCCCAUUUAACUUCACUACAUUUGCAUUGUGCGCUGCUGGUACGGGCCUGGUGUCUGCCGCUGCCAACUCAAUAAACCAGUACCAUGAAGUCCCAUUUGAUGCUCAAAUGUCUAGAACGAAAAAUCGUGUUCUAGUCAAAGGGCUGUUAGAGCCCGUCCACGCAAUAAGCUUUGCGGGUGUAACAAGCAUUACUGGUUUAAGUAUACUUUAUUUGGGAGUGAACCCAGUGACCGCAGGGCUUGGUGCAGCCAAUCUUAUUCUUUACACAUCAGUAUACACACCUAUGAAAAGGAUGUCAAUUCUCAACACAUGGGUGGGCUCUGUUGUGGGCGCGAUACCCCCAUUAAUGGGUUGGGUUGGUUGCACGGGCAGUCUGGACAUGGGAGCCCUAGUGCUGGGUACAAUUUUAUACUCUUGGCAGUUCCCUCAUUUCAAUGCGCUGUCCUGGAACCUACGGCCUGAUUAUUCACGCGCCGGCUACAGAAUGAUGGCCGUAACUGAUCCAGCACUGUGUAGAAGAGUGGCACUCAGGCAUACGGGAAUAAUAACUGCAACUUGCUUAGCAUCACCGUACCUCGAUGUAACUAAUAUGUGGUUUGCACUGGAAUCACUACCGCUAAAUAUUUAUUUUAUGUACUUAGCAUGGCAAUUCUACAAGAAUUCGGAUAGUAGCAGUUCAAGAAAAUUAUUCAGAUUUUCUCUAUUACAUCUACCUCUUUUGAUGUUGUUAAUGUUAGUCAAUAAGAAAUAUUGGAGUUCGACCGAUACCCAAGAACAGAAGUCGCAGGACUUGAGCAAGCUACCUGAGGCUAGGUUAUCAGUGUUACCGAGAGGGCCCGUAGUAGCAGCGCAAGAGACAGAAAACCAGUCCUAGAUAAUCUACUUGCACGUAGAUUUAUUUAUUUUUUAUGUAAAUAAUGUACAAUUUAAUUAUGUGAUUUUUAGAAAGCUUGUGAUGUAAGAUAGUAGAGAAUUUAGCGUAGUCGAAUAAAGUCUACUAUUAAUUCUAUUAUUAUAUACAUUGCAGUGAUAUAUAAUAAUCCGAGACCUAGCAAUAGAAUAUAAAGAAGAUCAGUGGCAUGAAAUCGAAGGGAAAAAAUUAUUAGAAACGUAAUAAUAAGUAAACUACAUAAAAAGUUUUUUUUUUAAUACUUUUAGUCCAAAUUACAUUUCUUAUACUAAGAAAAUCUUCAUGUUCUCGGUGUAUUCAUUAUGAUGAUUGAUGACCUUAUGUGUAACAAGAAUCUUGAUCAACUACUCACAACCAGUCUGGUGUCUUGUUAACGUGUUCUGUAGUAUGAUGAAUUCAAUAUACAUAAAAAACGUGAUAUAUGAUAGUCCUUAGAAUUCGAAGAAUGAAUUAUAUCAAUUGCUAAUGUAAUAGAAGUAAUUGUAGACUUUAUAGCAUUAUGCUAAUAAUAUUGGCACAAUCACAGAAUAUUUAUUUGUAGUGUAUAUUUCAAAAUGAAAUUUCAUUCAUUCAUUCAUUGUUGCGUUUUUACAAUUACAGACUACCCUAUAUCUUGCCUAAUUAUUUUUAGUUGAUUAUAUCAAAUAAUCAA